GCCGCGAGAUUUUCCGUUACUCAGGAAGCUCCGUGGUCCCCCUGUGGUUUUCACUUUCUCGUCCGGAAAGUUUUUCCUCUCCUGUUAGGGGCUGAAAUUCUUAAUUUCGAGUCUUGUAGCUUUACAGCUCAGCUAUUUGAUUGUGAACAUGACCAAGCCGAGUAGUCUGUGCGCUCCGUUCCUGUUGUUUGUGGUGUGGCGGGCGGCGAAGUUGGCGGAAGCCUGCAGCUGCUCUCCUGUUCAUCCUCAACAAGCUCACUGCAACGCUGAUGUCGUUUUCAGAGCCAGAGUGGUUGGACAGCAAGAAGUGGUCACGGGUAAUGAUGUCUACGGCAAUCCAAUCAAGAGGAUCCGGUAUGAUGUUAAACAAAUCAAGAUGUUCAAAGGGCCUGACCGUGAGAUUGAUGCCAUCUUUACCGGACCUUCGUCUGCUGUGUGUGGUGUAAACCUUAACAGUAAUGACAAAAAGGAAUACCUGAUCACAGGUAAACUGGAGUCUGAUGGCACAUUGCACGUGACUCUAUGCGACUUCAUCGAUUCGUGGGAGUCUUUGACUCCUGCUCAGAGGAAAGGCUUCGAGUCUCGUUACGACAUGGGCUGUAUGUGCAGGGUUGCGCGCUGCCCCUCUGUACCCUGUUCAGUCAGUGAUCCAGUCGAGUGUCUAUGGACUGACUGGAUAAUGGAGACCACCAGGCAGGGACCUCAAGCUAGACACUACACCUGCAUCAAGAGAAACGACGACUCCUGUGCUUGGUACAGAGGUGCUACUAACCCAAAGAAAGAAUUCCUGGACAUUGAAGAUCCAUAAACUUUUUAGCACCUAUUUUAACAAGCAUUUAGAAACACUCCCAAACACUGCUAUGGACCCCCAGAUAAUUACUGUAUUGUGUACUGUACAGCAUGUUUAAAUGAUAAACAACAGAUAUGGCAGAGACAGUGUUCUCUGGUUUCCGUAAAGCACUUUGAGUUUCCAGUGAUACCUUGGGUUAGGGGUGGGUGAUCAGAAAUAUUCACAUCAUGGUAGUUGAGCAGACAGAGUUUAAUACAUGAUAUCACUUGUCAUCUGUAAUAGACAUGGCUGGUUCUGUAUCAUAAUGUUGAUAUGUUACCCAGUCCUUACCUAGAUGUGACUUAGCUCUUUGUAACAAAAUGUUAAGCCAUUAAUUCCCACUUUUUUCUUGUUUAAAGAACUAGAUCAUAUUACGUUCUAUUUGUCAUUUUAAAACAAUACGAAAUAAGCAAGUAAAUGUACAGGUAUGUCAGUACCUUUUGACACUCCAGAUACCAACAAUUAGUGACUCCUGAGGAUAAAUAUAUAGCAAUUGGACUUGCUAAUUAUUGCAUACAAAAACUAUGCAGUACAAUAGUUGUAAACAAAUUACUGCAUUAUGCACAAGAAAUAAGGCAUUUUGUAAUUUAUGUAUGUUGUAAUAUAUAUACAUGUUUGUAAUUUAUGUCUAAACACUCAAUUUUUGGUAGUUUUUUUUUGUUUUUGUAUUACCAUUUUAGUGGUGAUUGAGUGCAAAUUUUAUUUUAUUUUUUGUUUUUCAAAAAAUAAGGACAUCUGCCUUUUGUACUUUUUAGAUAAAUGCAGUAUUCCAGUUCUUAAGAUUAAUAGGAUUCAGUAUUUGAACAUUUAGGGUUGGUUUCACAGACAGGGAUUAAGCCUAGUCCUAGACUACACAGCAUCUUGAAUGGAGAUUCUCCAUUUAAAGCAAAAUGUAGUCCUGGACUAGCCUUAAUCCCUGUCUGGGAAACCAACCCAAAAUGUGUAGAAAAGUCUAACUUAGUUUUUAUAUCAUGGUGUUCUUUAUGUUUUGCCAGUGUUUUUUUUUUUAUUAUACAGUAAUGUAGUGUGAGCUUUCCAGUGCUGGAACCACUUGGGAUGAAUUAAUUCAAGCUAAUAUGUGCAUGCCUUUCAUACUCCUGUAUUAUUCAUCUUGCUGUAACAUGUAAUAUUCAUGAAUAAAGGAAACGAAAAGCACUCA